CCAGGCCUGGCCAGGCAGCGAUGGCUGAUGAGAAGACCUUCCGCAUCGGCUUCAUCAUGCUGGGGCUCUUCCUGCUGGCCCUCGGCACAUUCCUCAUGAGCCACGACCGGCCCCAGGUCUACGGCACCUUCUACACCGUGGGCGGUGUCAUGGUGAUCGGGGGUGUCAUCUGGAGCAUGUGCCAGUGCUACCCCAAGAUCACCUUCGUACCCGCUGACUCUGACUUCCAAGGCAUCCUGUCACCGAAGGCGCUGGGCCUGCUGGAAAACGGGCUCACUGCUGAGAUGAAGAGCCCCCGGACCCCCUACGUCAGGCUGUGGGAGGAAGCCGCCUACGACCAGAGCCUGCCGGACUUCAGCCACAUGCAGAUGAAGGUCAUGGGCUACAGUGAAGACUCCCACCCCGUCCUGGCUCCUAAGCCGGGACGGCCACAGCCAGGAGCCAGCGAUGGAGGAGAAGGUGGCCCUCGCGACCCUCAGGCCUUGUUGGAAGCUGCCGUGGUCAUCCACAGGGGCUCGGACCAGGACGAGGGAGAAAGAGACCCAAGUCAGGGCAGGCCCGGCCCCCCGACCUGUCCCCAGGGCCCUGCACCCUUGGCUUCCUUCCAAGAUGACCUGGACGUGGGCUCCAGUGAGGACAGCAGCCCCAAUCUGGCACCAUCUGAGGGGGUGGAGCCCCAGGCUUGCAGGUGCCGGCCGGACUGCUUCCAUGACUUUGCCCUCAUUGAUGCCCCAGCGUUGGAGGAUGUGCCUCCAGAGAAGCAGCUACACGUGGCAGCCCUGCCCAGCUCCUGGCAGAGACCCUUGAGGACAAAGCAGGAGGAAGAGGAGGCUUCGGACGCAGGUACAGAGGAGCUGGAACAGGAAGAGGAAGACUUGUACUACGGGCUUCCCGACAGCCCUGGGGACCCCCUUCCGGACAAGGAACUGGGCUUUGAGCCCGACGCCCAGGGCUGA